AUGAACUCAACCAAAAAUGAAUCAUCAUGUAACCCAGAAAGUACCGGUAGCUGCGAUGGAGACGAAGAAGAUACGAAGGAGACAAUGUCCCUCACUACAUGUACCGGAAGCGGCUAUUUCGCUGCAAUACAGUCCAGAAUACAUAUUUAUGAUAGUUUUCGAUUAGCUCGGAUCAUCCUUGGUAGCAACAUCAAAUCGUUCAACGGAAGUUUGGAUUCCACGGCAAUCUUCGAAGCAAUUACAGUUGUAGCAGAAAUGAAAAUGGAACUGGUCCAACUGCAGGGUAAAGUGAAACAACUCGAAGCCCGCAAUAUUAUUGGCGAAGCAUCAUCCGAAGACCAAUUCGGAAGCAAAACUUCGGAACAACAGAAACUUUUAGAACAGAAUGAACUUUUGAAGGACUACAAUGAGCAAAUGAUACGUUUGCAUGCUUCACAGUCUAGGACGGUUGACAUUUUGUCUAACUGGAAUGGCGGUCACUUUGACGUAGAUGCCGGUGAUGCUUCAGUUCCAAACGAAGAAGCAGUUCUUCGCGUAGCAAAAGAAUCAACUGAGAAAUCAAAAGAGCUCCUUGCCCGUGCCAAUUAUCUGUUCGAAACAUCACAGAAACAAUUAACAAGUUGCCGUAAGCAGAUUGGCAAACUCCAACGUCAGAUCCAGACAAAAUCGACUAUUCAACACAUAGAACUAGAGUCAUUCCGUUCCAAGCACGCUCGGCAAGUCAUGGAUUUAUGUGGUCAGCUGGAGGCCUAUAAGGAACAAGUUGAAACUCAGCACGAAGAAAUGUUACGGAUGCAGGAAAGAUUUCACGAACUUGAAGCUUUGGCGGUUACGCCAAAACAAGCACAUGAUGUGUUGCAAGCGAUAAACCAAAUUGCAGAAGACUCAUCAGUAGAAGAGCAAAUGGAAGUCCAAAGUCAAGUUGUAGAAAUCUUACAAAGGAUGUCACAGAUGUACACAAAGCAGGUCCAUGAUGAUGCAGAGUUGCACGCCAUACUUGAAGCGGCAAAAAGAAAAGAAGAACGAUCAAACGAGGAACUUCAGGAUUUGAAACUGCAAGAAAAAAUACUGCUAGAAGAAACUCGAGUUCCUGCCAAGGAUUGGCGAGAGGCUCUUGCUGCUCAACGGACUCUGUGCGAGCGACAGAUUAGCGACAUAUUGUCGAGGGAAGAGAGCCGACUGCUCGAAAUGGAAAUCUUAGAGCUCAAAUUAACAGAGCUCGCAUUUGCUGCGGUUGAGAUCGAGGAUCUCCGGGAUGAGCUGCAGGAAAUUAGGGAUCAACACGACGAUAAAAUUACAGAAAUCAACUCACUUGCCGUGGGGGCAGAAAGCGUCGUGGCAAGACUACGGAAUCAAAUUGAGGAGAUUAUGGAAAAGCAGAUGCAAUCAAUUCGUCAUAUCGAACCCUCUAAGUCCAAAAAAUGGAGAGCUCUCCUUGACCGAAAAAAGACUAUCGAUAACCUCGACCAACUGGAAAUGAAACUCGUGGUUCAGAAUGAAGAGCUCUUCUCCGUGAAAGAGGAAUUGUCCCAGAGCAAAGCAAAAAUACAACUACUGGAGCACAAGUUGAGCAUCGCAGCAGGAACAAAGGGAUACGGAUAG